AUGGCAGCCAUCAGAUGCGUCCAAAAUGGAGCUGACCAGGAAACACUAAGAUCCAACCAACAUGGCAGCUUUCGCAUGCCAGCGGAGAGCUCACCUCAUUCAUAUACUAUCAUGGGCUUCCCAAGUAUGGAAUCGGCAGAAAGCCAAGAGCACCUAGAGGCACUGCAAUCCGAGGUAACGAGCAUCGCCAACGCAAUUUCUCGCUUCGAACCUGUGCACCUCUAUGCUAGUGAGAAACUGAUCCAACAAGCACAAUCUAUGGUCAGCGAUAAUGUCUCCAUCAGACCGGCUACAUUAAACGAACUCUGGGUCCGCGAUAGCGCGCCGGUUUUCGUCCAAGACUUGUCAACAGGUAGACGAACGGCUGUCAACUUCAACUUCAGCUACUGGGGUGGUAAACUCCCACGCAUCGGUGACGAGAAUGUUGCUUCCCAGAUCGCGAGCCAAGCAAACGAAGCUAUGGUAACCUCAAAACUCACCCUGGAAGGAGGGGGGAUUGAGCACGAUGGUGAAGGAACCUUUCUUGGCACAGAAAGCUGCAUAAUCAACGAUAAUCGUAAUCCCGGAAUGUCCAAAUCUGACGUUGAGGUGGAGCUCAGGAACAAACUCGGCGUCUCUCACUUCAUCUGGAUACCCGGCAUCAAAGGCUUCGACAUCACGGAUUACCAUAUUGAUGCGCUAGCACGCUUUACAUCUCCUGGCGUCGUGCUACUUAGCAAACCAAGCCCGAAUGCUGAUGAGAUUGUCAUCGAUGCCUACAAGUCCGCCCGCGCAAUCCUUACAUCCGGCAAAGACGCUAAAGGUCGUUCACUGACUAUCCACGACUGUGAGGAGCCAGACACAAAGCUACUAGGACCGCCGGACAAGUUCAAUGAAGUUAUCGGAACGUAUGCCAAUUAUCUGCUUGUCAAUGGAGGUGUCAUUAUGCCCAAGUUCGGGCAAGAGAAACAGGAUACAUCAGCCAUGCAAUUGUUCAACAGGUUGUUUCCAGGUAGAGAGGUGGUGCAAGUCCCGCUUAAUAUGCUGCCGAGGACGGGUGGAGGGAUUCAUUGCUGCACUCAGCAAGUUCCUGAGAUCUGA